GGCAGCGGCUCAUGGCGGCGGUGGGGCCCCCGCAGCAGCAGGUGCGGAUGGCCCAGCAGCAGGUCUGGGCGGCGCUCGAAGUGGCGCUCCGGGUUCCCUGCCUCUACAUCAUCGACGCCAUCUUCAACUCCUACUACGAUUCCAGCCAAAGCCGGUUCUGCAUCGGGCUUCAGAUCUUUCUCCGGCUCCUCGGUAUAGUUGUAUCCAGUGUUGUUCUGAUCUUGUCACAGCGGUCACUUUUCAAGUUUUACAUGUACAGCUCAGCCUUUCUGUUAGCUGCAACUUCAGUGUUGGUGAAUUACUAUGCUGCUUUGCACAUUGACUUCUAUGGUGCCUACAACACGUCAGCGUUUGGAAUCGAGUUGCUUCCUCGGAAAGGGCCCUCACUGUGGAUGGCACUCAUUGUUCUGCAGCUAACCUUUGGAAUUGGAUAUGUCACACUGCUCCAGAUUCAGUCCAUCUAUUCACAGUUAAUUAUUUUGAAUAUCUUGGUUCCUGUAAUCGGCUUAAUCACAGAGCUACCAUUACACAUCAGAGAGACAUUAGUUUUCAUGUCUUCCUUGAUUCUCAUAUUUAACACAGUGCUUGUCUUGGCAGUGAAACUUAAGUGGUUUUAUUAUUCUACUCGGUAUGUUUACUUGUUAGUGAGGCAUAUGUACCGAAUUUAUGGAUUACAGUUGCUGAUGGAGGACACAUGGAAGAGGAUUCGUUUCCCAGACAUACUUCGGGUCUUCUGGCUAACAAGAAUUACAGCUCAGGCUACAGUGUUAAUGUACAUUUUAAGGAUGGCAAAUGAAACUGAGUCCUUUUUUAUUUCUUGGGAUGAUUUCUGGGACGUCAUUUGCAAUCUAAUAAUUAGUGGGUGCGAUUCUACACUAACUGUACUAGGCAUGAGUGCUGUAAUUUCUUCAAUAGCCCAUUAUUUGGGCCUUGGAAUAUUGGCCUUUAUUGGAUCAACUGAAGAAGAUGACAGGCGACUUGGCUUUGUAGCACCUGUUUUAUUUUUCAUUUUGGCUCUUCAGACUGGUUUAAGUGGGCUGAGACCUGAAGAGAGACUUAUUCGCUUAAGUAGAAACAUGUGCCUUUUAUUAACUGCAGUCCUGCAUUUCAUCCAUGGAAUGACAGACCCCGUAUUAAUGUCUCUCAGUGCCUCCCACGUGUCAUCUUUCCAUAGACAUUUCCCCGUGCUGUUUGUCUCUGCUUGCCUAUUCAUCCUUCCUGUCUUACUCAGUUAUGUUCUUUGGCAUCACUAUGCACUAAAUACAUGGCUGUUUGCAGUUACAGCCUUCUGUGUGGAACUCUGCUUGAAAGUGAUAGUCUCCCUCACCGUCUACACGCUGUUCAUGAUUGACGGCUACUAUAAUGUCCUCUGGGAGAAGCUUGAUGACUACGUCUACUGUGUUCGCUCGACAGGCAAUAUAAUUGAAUUUAUAUUUGGAGUAGUAAUGUUUGGGAAUGGGGCCUAUACCAUGAUGUUUGAGUCAGGAAGUAAAAUUCGGGCUUGUAUGAUGUGCCUACAUGCAUAUUUUAACAUCUACUUACAAGUAAAAAAUGGCUGGAAGACAUUCAUGAAUCGUAGAACUGCUGUUAAGAAAAUCAAUUCACUUCCUGAAAUAAAAGGGAGCCACUUGCAAGAGAUAGACGAUGUAUGUGCGAUCUGCUAUCACGAGUUUACAACGUCUGCCCGCAUUACGCCGUGUAACCAUUAUUUCCAUGCACUCUGUCUUCGGAAAUGGCUGUACAUUCAAGACACUUGUCCAAUGUGCCAUCAGAAAGUGUACAUCGAAGAUGAUAUCAAGGAUAACUCAAAUGUAUCUAACAACAAUGGAUUUAUUGCACCCAAUGAAAAUCCAAACCCAGAGGAAGCUUUAAGAGAAGAUGCUGCUGGAUCUGACCGAGAAUUGAACGAGGAUGACAGUACAGACUGUGAUGAUGAUACUCAGAGAGAAAGAAACGGGGGGAUUCAGCACACAGGCGCAGCAGCAGCAGCAGCAGCAGCAGCAGAAUUUAAUGAUGACACUGAUUAAAGUAGCAUUUACUAAUCAUUGAGGUAUUUGUUUAAAAUUCAGUUCAUCCAAAAUGGAGUAAUAUGCUUCACGUCAGUGUGUAACCAAGCACAAAAACAGUAUCGAUGUUGAAACUGUGAAUGCUUUUCCGUUUACUGUGAUGUGCUACUGUAAAUAUACCUCUUUAAUUACUUCUGGUCUCUUUGGUGACCUAUUUAAAUUUGUGUACAUUAUUGUACAUAGAAUAAAAUGUUUUCACGUUUUUAUGACAAAAUUUGAACAAAUAACUUCUUAAUAGAGAUAAUGAUCAUACGGUGCGUCAACUGUGCCAAAGAUUCCUCCAUGAAGUUGGAAUAUAUGUAAUGCUGGACUCUAGCUUUUCCUUAAAGUGAAUGGAAAAUGAAGAUGCAGAAUAAAGGAAGUUAGUGUAAGAGACAGGGAGAUAACAUAAUCUUGAGUAGAAAGGCUGUAAAAUGUUUUUAAAACUAAGGCAAGAUAAUCUGCUAGAAGCAACUGAGAAACAGUGCAGCUUAGAGCUAGGUUCAAAAGUCACAAAUCAGGGACAGAAUUGAGAAAUAGGCUUGUUAUCAACUAAACUUUGAUAUAAACCAGGACAUGCUGUCUAAGUCUUAGGUAGAAGCAUCACUGUGUUUGCAGUGAGAGCAUAAAACUGUCCUUUCAGACUUCUGAUGAGAUUACACAAUAAAAAGGUUUUCAUUGUUAACUAAGGCAUUGCAGAGCCUAAACAGUGCUGAUCUGACUUGAUGGGUAGGAGAGAGGUGGAAUAUAUAGUGCUACCUCUUUAGAUUACUACUGGAAAGAUUUCUUUAAUAAAGUCUUAGUAUGAAAUUCCACAUCAUAAAAAGAAAACACAAAUCAGGAAAAAAAUAUUUUAAUGGUGUUGUUAUAUAGCGUGUUGGCUAAUUCCAGUGGAUCUUCUUCUCUUACUGAUGACAUUAUCUCCAGUAUUUGACUAAAACAAAAAACAAGGCAUCAGCUUACUUUGAAUAUAUUGUUAGAGGUAUAUAGUCACCUUUCCUAUGUGAGAGAAGAUCUUAUACUAGUACCUCUUCUAGGGAGGUUUAAGAGUUACAAAAGUUGUCAGUAAUACCCGUAGGAAAGCAUAACCAAUUACUGUCAAUGAGAAGACUCUGGACUUAACUUGAAUAUAAAGCUAUAGGGUCAUGUAAGUGCAGCACUAAUGGAACUGUCCGGGAGGGUAGGCGUCCUUUUAAAACUCUAGGUCAUAGCACAUUUGUUCUGGAUCAUGAACAUCUUAAAGGGAAAUGUAUACUGCACGUAAAACAGGCUUAAGUAAGCACCUUUCUACUUUGGAUUUAGUUUUAUUUAUAUUUAUUUGUUUUACUAUUACUAGUAUAACUAUAUAAAUAUUUAUAUUAUAUGUAAUAUUAAUAAAAUGAUUGUUUUGGGGAGAAUAGGACCAAAAAUUUGAAAGGCACUGCUUAUUGACCUAGUCUCUAUCGGGCAGCAAGGAAUGUUUGUGUGCACGCUAAAUACAUGACAGUAUAGAGGGAGUGGCUCUAGACUUGUACUCAGAGCAGAGAGAAGAGCCCAGAGGCUCCUCUUUCUCUGCUCAAAAUGAUCAACAGCAGUGGGUUCCUAGCAGUACUAUCUGUUUUUAUACAUGGAUUAGAAAGUUGUAGUUCAAGUUCAACCUUUAAAUGUUCUUUGUCAUGAGCUUUUUGUUCUCUUUAUGAGGAUCCUAACUGAAUAUCCAAAAUAAAUAGAAAUGGGGAUUUACGAUUAGCUGGAUCUUAGAAGUCGUCCUCAGUGUGACACAGACAUUCAAAUGUAGUUUGUGCAGUGAACUCAGACUGCAUUUGUAAGUAAAGCUGCUGCUGACAGAAGGGUAGCCAAGGGCAUGGCUGCUCUGCUGAGACUUGGGCAGCAGAAUCAUUUACUAUUCAGACUUGUUGACGUCACCGGCGCUUGGUAAAGCACUCUGUUUAGUAAGCCAACCCAGCAACCUGGGCAGCCCUUUUUUAUUGAGUGGAUUUUUCUGUACUUUCAGGAAUAAAGCUGCAGUUAAAUUUUUAAGUAUA